AUGGGCAGACACAUUCUCUCCAAAUGUAAUCAUGAAUUCUCUGUCUUGCAUACAUGUACAUACACUCGCUUUCUCUCUAUUCACUCGCACAUGUGUAUAAACUUCCAACUUCUUUUCUCAUGUAUGUGUUUAUUUAUUUCUUUUUUCUUUUUACCCCUUUUUAGCUUUUUUCUUUUUUUCUAUUCUUUUUAUCUCUUUUUUAACUUUUUAACAUGCUUUCAAUUUUUCUCUUUUAUCUUUUUUACUCUUUUUAUCACUUCUCAUUUUAUCUAUUUUUCUCUUUUUAUCUUUUUAUAUCUUUUUCUCACUUUUCUCUUUUUAUAUCUUUUUCUCUUAUCUUUUUCUCUUUUUCCUUUUGUAUCUCUUUUUCACUUUUUAUCGCUUUUUUUUAGUUUUAAUCUCUUUUUCUCUUUUUAUCUCUUUUUUUAUUUUAAUCUCUUUUUAUCUCUUUUUCUCUUUUUAUCUCUUUUUUUAGUUUUAAUCUCUUUUUCUCUUUUUAUCUCUUUUUUUAGUUUUAAUCUCUUUUUCUCUUUUUAUCUCUUUUUUUAUUUUAAUCUCUUUUUAUCUCUUUUUCUCUUUUUAUCUCUUUUUUUAGUUUUAAUCUCUUUUUCUCUUUUUAUCUCUUUUUUAGUUUUAAUCUCUUUUUAUCUCUUUUUCUCUUAUUAUCUCUUUUUCUCUUUAUAUCUCUUUUUUUUGUUUUUAUCUCUUUUUCUUUUUAUCACUUUUUAUCCCUUUUUUUCACUUUUUAUCUCUUUUUCUCUUUUUAUCUCUUUUUAUCACUUAUUCUCUUUUUGUUUUUUUUUCUUAUUUUACCUUUUAUCUCUUUUUCACUUUUUUUCUAAUAUCUCUCCUUAUCUUUUUUUAAUCUUUUUUUUCUUUUUGCCUCUUUUUGUCUCUAUCUCUUUAUCUUUUUAUCUCUUUUUAUCAUUUUCUCCCCUUUAUUCUCUUCUUCUCUCACUCUCUUUCACUCUCAUUCUCUCCCCUGCACAUAUGCCUUUAUUCUCUUCUUCUCUUACUCUUUCUCUCUUUAUCUUUCUCUCUCUGUUGCACACAUCUAUCCACUUACAUGCAAAUAUGCAGUCCCACACACUCUCUCUCACACAUUCUUGCUCCCCUACUAUUUUUUUGUCAUUCUAUCUCAAUUUCUUGUGCACGCAUUCAUUCUCUUCUUUCUCUCAAACACAUACACACUCACUUUCUAAUCACUCUUAUACACAUUCACUUUCUUCUUUCUCACACACAAGUGUUUCUCUUUCUCUUUCACAUGUACACAAUGAUUCUCCCUCUUUCUCUUGCUGUCGAUGCCUCAGUGUAGUUUAA